GACCUUCAGCCAAAAGCUUUUUUGGUGAAAAGCACUGUUCGUUCCUACCUUGGAGGUAUUAAGAGAUAGAAACUUUGGGCUUCCUCCAAUCACGUCUACCAUUUUCCAUCUAAUCCGUUCCAGAUAGCAGUCUUUUUGCAGUGUCUGCUUAAUGAAGCGUAUUCUCCUUCUCCAGUUCUUAACGCGGUCUACAGCAAUGACUGGGCGCUACAGUUGGCUGGCUUAUCAAAAAUCUUCAGUCAUCCCCUGGUUCCUUCAACGGUCAGCGCGUCUCAAAGGAUUUUGAGCAGGCCAAAAGUCAAAAAAGACCCUAUAACUCCUGAAAUGUUGAAGGCGUUCGUGGAAUUUAAGAUAAAGGAUAAGUCUCCUUCUCUUUCUGAUCUUAGAUCUGUUGCGUUAUGCCUUAUUGGUUACGAUGGAUUUUUUUGCUUUAGCGAGUAAUGUCAUAUAAAAGACUGCGAUGUUAGGUUUUUCCCAUCCUAUGUGUCCAUUUUCCUAGAAUCUUCGAAGGGUAACCAGUUCCGAGACGGGGCGUGGAUCGUUAUCGCGAGGACAGACUUGCCAACUUGUCCAGUCAAGGCUUUGGAGGUCUACAUCUCGGAGGCUCAAAACAAUCUCUCCGAGGAUUUACCGCCGUUCAGAGCCCUCGCUACUCCUUGGUCAGAAGAAAAAGUACGAAGCCAAGAGAUUAGCUAAACAAGAGCUAGGGAGCUCAUUAAGGACGCCUUUACAGAUAUAACGGACGUUUCGAAGAUUAGUGUUCAUAGCCUUAGGGCUGGAGGAGCCACCUCUGCGGCUAAUACGUACUGGUAUCGCUGAUAGACUUUUCAAGUGACAUGACCGUUGGGCGAGCGAGAACGCCACGGAUGGCACCGUUAAGGACGAUUUUAAUUCUCCCCUCUCAGUCGCGAAGUCUUUAGGAAUCUGAUUUAUACUUUUUUGUUAUUUAUUUAUUUUUGUUUCUUAAACGUGACCGGCAGGUCGGAAGAGUUCUAUCCACAGGGUCGGGGUUUUCCCUCAGCCUUUUCCGCAGCGAGCGCGGUGAGGUUUUUUCAUCCUGUGGAUGCUCGUUGAUUCCCUCCCAGGUUUAGAUUUCCUUUUUGUUUUGUUUUAUGGGCCUUUCUUUGUUUGCACCUUUGCAGUUGCUGAAUUAGCUUACUCAGUAAACUCGUGCGGCCUCCAGCAUAUGGUGUGUCGUUAUUGUUGUCACGCACGGGUAUGGUGGUCUGUAGGGAAUUUAGACGACAGUCCGCAUUUGUAUCGACAGGUUUUUGAAUUUUAUUUCCUUUUUAAGGGAUUUAAUUUUUCAUUAGAAGUGCCAUUUAUUCGAUUUGAUUGUCAGUCCUUGAAGUGGGCACCUUUUGGGAUCACAGCUGACCUUGUUUUUUACCUAUCUCAGAGUUUCUGUUUCGGUUUAAGGUAGAAUAUCGUGGCCUUAGUUGUCAAGCUUUCAUUGGUUUUCUUGUGCCUGACAUUAUUAACCUGGCUUAUAGAAUUGUUUAUUCCACUUUGGGGAUCACCAAUUCGUUCAGGUCAUUAGGAAGUGCUGUCGUAAUUCUCAUGUUCAGCAAGCCAGAACAUACAUUCAUUUAAGUUAUUUAAGUUUCCAACAUUUGGCGCAGUUGUUUUUGCUGUAGUUAUGUACAGUUUGGGAGUUUAUAGUUAUGUUGUAGUUAUGUUCAGUUGAGUUGCUGUUAAGUGGAAUAAUCAAGCGAGUUGCUUGAACACCCCUACAUAUUUUGGUGGAGAACCCUCCUAUUUUGCUGAGCAUGGUUUGGUGAAAAACAUGUCAGGGGCUUUAAAUUCCUCCCUGGAAAUCUGUAAUCUGUAUUGCAAAAGAACAAAGGGACUCUGUUUUAGUCUGGUCAUAUGUAAAACAAAAUCAUGAUGACCCAACCUUGUAUUUAAGUAAUGUAUAGGGUUGCAGUUGAAUUUCCAUUAUUCUAUGGCGACAGGAGAGAAGAUGUGCGCGAGUUUAUUGAUAAUUAUUGUCGCGCCGGUAAGUUAAAUGGUUGGGAUGUAGAGAAGUUAGCCUUUGGUCUUCUUCUGUUUCUCAAAAAACAUGUCAGUUUGUGGUUUAAGACUUUAAAAGAAGCCAAAAUUUUGUCAUUUGAAGUGCUGUCGCAAAAAUUAAUGUCUCAUUUUGAAUCAAAUGUAAAUCAAUAACAGUUAAGGCAAAAACUGGUUGAGCGCCCUCAUUUGUUAGGGGAAACUGCUGCGGAUUAAUAUUUUGAUAUCGUCUCUUUCCGCUUUCCGCUAAAUUUACCCAAAAGUAAAUGGGUCUAUUGUUUUAUACGAGGUGUAAGACCAGAAAUUUGUGACCAUCUUAUAUUGCAACUACCGCCUUAUUUAGAGUGUCCUUUGAAUUUUGCAAAACUGAAAGAGUUGGUAACUCUUAGCCGUAAAUCAAGUAGUAAUCAUGAAGAUAAGACUUUUUAAGAAUUACAGUCUAAGCCCUCAAAAGAGGAUAUCAAAUAAAUUGUGAGGUAAAAUUUAACGUGUGGUCUAAAAGUUCCAAAAAUAAUGGAAGUCAUCCUAUUAGUCGGAAAUUUUGAUCUUGCAAUUUUCAUGUCCGUGGUGGGGGGGGCAGUAUUUUUUAGUAAAAAGUCAAAAUCGUGCAGAUUUAGAAACUCGAAACCCAACUUUAGACGUCUGUGUCGGGAAAACAAUAUGCUAACUGCUUUUCAGCAGGAAAAAAAUGGGCGCUCAAUUAGACUGGCUAGCGCCCCGGUCGUGUGUGGUAGUGAACUCGUGUCUAAUCCAUGUGAGCCUAUUGUCUUGCCAAUGAGGAAAACCUCAAGCUUCCGUCACAUGUCAACAUGGGUGUUCUACAGAUUGCCAGCCUCAAAACGUCUCUAAUGAACAUAUUUUUCUUGAAGUUGUUAAGUUUCUUUCUCAGCUCAUAACUAAAUUUGAUUGUGUAGUCGCUGGGUCAUUGCCAAAGAAAGGCAAAAAUGCUCAUUCCCGAGAUGUACCUAUGUUUUCUCCUAAAGGUCAAGUGAAUUGCGAGAAGUCUUUAAAUGGAAAUGUAUCUCAAGGAGUUAGUACAACUGAAUGGACAAAAGGAAAAACAUUGACACCUGAGUUUAAAAAUGAAAAUUUGGAAGUGAAUGACGUAGGGGAUAAAUUUAUUGUUUCUAAAAAGUGCCAUGACUUAUGUGACUCAAGUGGCCCUGAGCCAAGGUCCCAUGUGACUGACAGUGUUUCUUUACCUGUCAGUUCCUGUAGACUUGAUUCUAUUCAUCCUUUUGACGGUGACAAUUUCAAUAUCUCUGUAUUAAUAGAAUUUGUUAAAUUUCGUGCUAUUAUUGACACAGGAGCAGCUGUGACAGCAGUUGAUACUAAAGUUUGGAACAAGUAUCUUAGUCAUACAGAUUGUUGUUUAGAUUCUCCUUCAACAAGUUGUUUAACGUCUGUAAGUGGCUCUCUAUUAGUCAUUCUUGGUAAAGUGUGCCUGAAUUUUGUUAUUAAGUCUGUUGUUCUUCCUUUUUAAGCCUGUUAUCAAAGAUUUAACUCAUGAUGUUUUUUUCAGGCAGAGAUUUCUUUCUAAAAUAUUGUUCCAGAAUUGAUUUUGUAGAGAACUUUGUUCCCUCCCCGAGGACCCCCUCCAAUUUCCUGAUGGUUUAGAUGUUCAUCUGAAUAGUGAAGUUAAUGUUAAUUGUCUUUCGUCUGUGCAUACUGAUUACUCUUUUUGUAUUCCGGACAAAUCUGAAGUAGUUGUUUUCGGUAAAUUAACUUCAAUGCCAAAAGGUAUAAGCGGUGAAACUAGUUACAUUCCCUGGUUUGCUCACGGCUAAGUAUGAUUUACCUCAUCGUUAUUCAGCUUUUUGGAGUGUCAGAGCUCGUAAAAGUUUCUGUUGAUGCUACUAUUUCUUUAAGGAUGGUAAGUUGUUAAAGUCUUUCGUAAGGCUAAUUUUCAGCAGAUUGGAAAUGACUUAGCAACAUUUGAGAUUGGCAAGAACUCUCCUGCUUUAGCUACUCAGCAUAGUUCUUCAGAUGAUCGGCAACAACCUAAAGAUUAUUCGGAUUUUCCUCAUUUGGCAGAUAGUAUUUUGAAUAAUGAUGGAAAACUAAAAUUC